AACAAAUAUUGUCCUAAAUCUAAGUGUCCUUAUGGCGUGAACCGUUUUCAUGUGUAACACUAACAUGAGUUAAAUCGUUAGUAAAGAAGGGAAUAAGUACCAAUCCCUUUUUAAUAUUACUUCCUUUUAAGGUUUAAGGAAACUUUCUACAACUUGAAUAUCCUGUUCUGCUUAUUGGCAAGACAGGUGUGGCAGAUGCCAACGUCUCAAAAGUAAAACACAAGAACGAAAGCAAACUAGAAGGCAUCUGUAGUUGCUUCAAGUCAGCUCUUAAAGACCAUGGCUGGAAAUCUAGAGAACCAUCUUGAAUGUCCGAGCUGUUUGGAGAUCUUCAAAGAUCCCGUCAUGCUGCCGUGCGGUCACAGCUUCUGCCGUGCGUGUCUGCUGCAGUGGAAGGACAAAAGAGAGCGAUCGUGUCCACUCUGUAGGACAGAGUUUCAGUCAAUGGAUCACCCUUUGAACUUGGUACUGAAAAGUAUUUGUGAGAACUUCAUAAGUCAAGUCGGGUCUCAAGACAUGUGCAGCUUGCACGAGAAGAAACUUAAACUUUUCUGCUUGGAGGACCAGGAGGGUGUGUGCUUCGUCUGCAAGAAUUUAACAACACACGCAGGGCACAACAUUCGCCCCCUCAAAGAAGUUGUGCAAGAUCAUAAAGAGGAGCUUCAGUGUGAACUGCAGUAUGCCAAGAACAGACUAAAAGAUUAUAUCAGGCUUAAAGAGAACUACAAAGAACAGGCAAAGUGCAUUGAGGUCCAAAGUGAGGAGGUCAAACGCAAGAUUCAGGAGGAUUUUGAGGAGCUACAGCACUUCCUAGACGUCGAGAAGAAGGACAGGUUGGCUGCGGUCAUGGAGGAAGAGAAAAUAAAGAGUAAAACCAUGGAGGAGAAGAUUGCGGCUCUCAGCAGAGACGUGACCGCUUUCUCAGACUUGAUCAACAGCGUUGAGGAGCAUCUGGCAUCUAAGGACAUUUCCUUCAUGAAGAACUUCCCAACCGCAAUGAGCAGAAUCCAAAAACUGCUCGAAAAACCAGAGGUGCACGAUGAACCAGAGGUGCACGGAGUUCUGCUGCUCGAAGCACAACACGUGGGCAACCUCAAGUCCAGCGUCUGUGAGCGAAUGAAGGAGAUUCUCUAUCUGACCAGUCUGACUUUUAAUGAAGAAAAUCAGCCACCAGAGACUCCAGAGAGGUUCAAUGCCUGUACUGUGCUGGGUUGCGCUUUGGACUCGGGAACACACGUAUGGGACGUAGAGGUGGGAGACAACAAUAACUGGAAAACCAUGGCUGCAACACUGGAGGAGCAUCUUGAAUGUCCAACCUGCUUUGAGAUCUUUAAAGAUCCUGUGGUGCUGUCGUGCAGUCACAGCUUCUGUCGUGCGUGUCUGCAGCAGUGGAAGGACAAAGGAGAGCAAUCGUGUCCUCUCUGUAGGACAGAGAUGAGUUCGCUGGAAGCCCCUCCGAACCUGGCACUGAGGAAUGUGUGCGAGAACUUUUCGAGAGCCUCGGUCAAGUCGGAAAACAUCUGCUGCUUGCACCAUGAGGAACUCAAACUCUUCUGUUUGGACCACCAGGAGCUUGUGUGCCAUAUCUGCAGAGAUGCAGAAAUCCACACAGGCCACAAGUUCCGUCCCCUUGAAGAAGUUGUAAGUGGUCCGAAAGAGAAACUCCUUAAAGGCCUGCUGGAUACCAAAAAAAGACUAAAAGAUUGUAUCAUGGUUAGAGACAACUGCAAUGAACAAGCAAAGUACAUCAAGGUCCAGGGGGAGAAUGUCCUAACGAAGAUUAAGAAGGAAUUUAAGGAACUUCGUGACUUCCUUGACGUUGAGGAGGAGGCUAGGUUGGCUGCUGUCAGGGAGGAAGAGAAGAAGAAGAGUCAAUCCAUGAAGGAGAAGAUUGGUGCUCUCAGCAGAGACAUGGCCAUUCUCUCAGACUUCAUCAGAAGUGCCGAAGAGCAGCUGGCCUCUAAUGACAUCUCCUUCAUGAAGAACUUCCAGACAGUGAUGAGCAGAAUCCUAAAACUGCCCGAUGAACCGGAGCUGUCCGAAGGUGCUCUGCUGGACGAAGCCAAACAUGUGGGCAACCUCAAGUUCAGCGUGUGGGAGCGGAUAAAGAAGAAGCUCUCCUACAGUCCCGUUAUUCUGGACCCCAACACGGCCCGUUCCAAUCUCAGUCUGUCUGAAGAUCUGCCCGUUCUGACUUUUAAAGAAGUACAGCAGCGUCCAGAGAAUCCAGAAAGGUUCAAGAGGAAUAUUGUACGGGGCUGUGCUUUGGAAUCGGGAAGACACGUGUGGGAUGUUGAGGUGGGGGACGGCAGUGACUGGCAAGUUGGUGUGCUGUGGGGAGACCCUCGUUUUCCAGAUAAAAUGAUUGGUUGGUUCAUUGGGUUUGUUCUCGGUAAAUACAAAAGGCCUGGCGUCCCAUUUGGAGACUGGUAUCCGCCUGUAAAACUGCAGAGGAUCCAAGUUGAUGUGGACAUGAAUGAAAGGUCACUUUCAUUCUCUGAAUCUCUUACAAACACUAAAUUGUGGAUCAGAAAGACUUCUAGCAAUUGGCCAAACCUUUCCGGUCACACAAAAAUGUUUCCUUACCUUUUCACAAGGGGUAAAAGUCCUCUGAAAAUAAUCCCAGUUCCGCCUCCUGCUUCAACUUCCAUGAGUCCGUGA